AUGAAAAUCGUUGUUGUUUUGUUUGUAUUCCUUUUGGCACGCUCGAUUAUUAUUCAUGCAGAAAAGGAAUAUUCCUGUUCACAUGUUAAUGCUACCUUUGGAGUGCCCGUGGGAUCCGUGAAUUGCACAGGAACGUUUGUAUCUACGGUUCCUUUGGAUGCGUGCGGCGAAAUCAAAUCAAAUCUGACGAAUUCUGUAGCGCUGAUCAUUAAAAAUGCGACUAGCAUCGGAUGUAGUGCCGCAAAGCAGGUGUACAAUGUACAACAGGCUGGAGCGAUUGGAGCCGUGGUCAUGAACGCCCCCGUCUCGUGGUAUGAUGAUUUUGAGAUUGUCGAUGCCGAGGAUAAGGAUGAAUACAAUAUAACAAUCCCAGUGGUUGGUAUCCUUUUUCAGAGUGGAUAUCAGAUCUACUACAUGCUAAAGGAGAACAGCAGUAUUACUGUUACAAUUAGUCGCGAUUUUGAAUCAACCGGCCAGCUGGUGGGAAACACUUCUAAUUCCAUUCUUCUUCUCUGGGCGGGCUGGUUUAUCCUCACCUUCUUCUCGACGUUGGGCGAGAAGUGCAAGAAAUACCACCGCCAAAACUACGUGAAGCAAAUCAAAGUCACUCGCUUCCACACCAAAAACGUGGAUCCGGAGAGCCAGCCGACCUGUGCGAUUUGUUUAUCCGACUUCAAAGAGCACGACCCCAUCAAAACUCUCCGUUGUGGCCAUUUUUUCCAUAGCGUCUGCAUCGAUCCGUGGCUAAUCAACGAAAAAGCGCUCUGUCCGGUGUGUCGACAAGGAAUUUUCCAAAUCGAAGACUGGGUGGGCGUCGAGGAAACGCGAUGA